AUGGACCCAGGGUCGUUAUCAACUAUUUCAGAAUUCAUCUUGCUGGGGCUUUCCAGUUCUCGAGAAAUUCAAAUAUUCUUUUUUGUGAUUUUCUUUCUUGUCUAUGUAGCCAUUGUAGUAGGAAACUUUCUCAUUGUGAUAUCUGUGAUAUUUGAUAACCGUCUUCAUUCCCCUAUGUAUUUCUUUCUGGCAAAUUUAUCAUUUUUUGACUUAUGUCUUUCCUCUGUGGCAACACCCAAAGUAAUUGCAGAUUUCCUGAGAAAACACAAGACUAUCUCUUGGUGGGGCUGCAUGGCCCAGAUGUUUUUUAUGCACUUCUUUGGGGGUGCAGAGAUGUCUCUUCUGAUAGCUAUGGCGGUGGACAGGUAUUUUGCCAUAUGCAGACCUUUGCACUACAAGACCAUUAUGAGUCGCAGGGUGCUCAUUGUGUUCCUACUACUUGCAUGGACAAUUGGCUUACUACACACUACAAGCCAGAUGAUUUUCACAGUGGGUUUACCUUUCUGUGGCCCCAAUGUUGUAGACAGCAUUUUCUGUGACCUACCCCUGGUCAUCAAGCUUGCCUGCACUGAGACCUAUAGUCUAGAGCUCUUGGUGAUUGCAAACAGUGGACUUCUGUCCCUGAUCUGUUUCCUUCUCUUGCUUAUGUCCUAUGUUGUCAUGCUGGUCACUAUCUGGAAGCACUCCUCCAGUGCAUCUUCGAAGGCUGUGUCCACAUUAUCUGCUCAUAUUACAGUGGUAACUCUCUUCUUCGGCCCAGCUACUUUCAUCUAUGCUUUCCCAUUUAGUAGUUACUCUGUAGAUAAGUUUCUUUCUGUGUUUUACUCGGUAAUCACUCCCCUUCUUAACCCAAUUAUUUAUACUCUGAGGAACCAAGAAAUGAAGUCAGCUAUUAAAAGACUGUUCAACCAGCGUAUUGGAUCCUGGAUGUCCACCUAA